UUGAGGCGACAGGGUACAGUGCGUGUAGUGUGUUCAACUUCUUUCAAAGGCUCUACCGUGCCCUACUCGAACAGCUUGAGUUCAGUGUGAACCGAAUUGUGAGGAGUAUAGACCAAGGCUGUCGAAGACUUACUUUAUUUAAGAAUUUAAUACAUACAGACUGGGUUUUAAACGCAGAAGAAAAUGCCUGUAGCUUCUCUACUGCCUUUCACGGCCACUCCGAAUAGGAAGUCAGCCAGCCCGACCUCUUUCAGGCUCACAGAGAAAUUCAUCUUGCUUUUGGUGUUCAGCGGCUUCAUCACGCUGUGUUUCGGAGCUAUCUUCUUCUUGCCAGAUUCCUCUAAGCUGCUCAGCGGAGUUUUCUUCCGCUCGUCCUCGGUGGAGGCAGAGACGCGCACAGGUACGGUCAGCAAUACGAGCACCGGGACGGGCAAGGAUGAGAAGGUCCUGGCCAAGAUCAGGAAAGACCACGAAAAGGCACUCAUCGAGGCCAAGGACACCCUACAGAAACGACCGGACGAGAUCAAACAGGACAUCAAGAGCGAGAAGGAGAAAGUUGCGCGAGACGGACAGGUGAACGGCGGCAAAGGUGACAGCUUGCCGUUUGUUCAGUACGUGCGGCCGCCUGGAGCAACAGGGCACGAACCGUCAGAUCCUGAUAUUAAAACGAAAAGAGCCAAGAUUAAAGAGAUGAUGCAGUUUGCUUGGGACAACUAUAAGCGCUACGCCUGGGGCUCCAACGAGCUGCGUCCUGUCUCUAAGCAGGGCCACUCCAGCAAUCUGUUUGGUAGUCUCAAAGGAGCCACCAUUGUGGAUGCACUGGACACACUCUACAUUAUGGAGAUGUAUGAUGAGUUUGAUGCUGCUACUGAGUGGGUGGAGAGGAACCUGGACUUUAACAUGAAUGCUGAAAUCUCCGUCUUUGAAGUGAACAUCCGUUUUGUCGGAGGGCUGCUGUCUGCCUAUUAUCUCUCUGGCAAAGAGGUGUUCAGGAAGAAAGCUGUUGAACUGGGAGAAAAGCUGUUGCCGGCUUUUAAGACCCCAACUGGUAUCCCUUGGGCUCUCCUCAAUCUAAAGAGUGGGAUUGGCAGAAACUGGCCCUGGGCAUCAGGAGGAAGCAGUAUUCUGGCUGAAUACGGGACCCUGCAUUUGGAGUUUAUGCACCUCAGUGCACUUUCUGGGAAACCCGUGUUUGCAGAGAAGGUGAUGAACAUUAGAAAGGUGCUGAAUCGUCUGGACAAACCUCAAGGAUUGUACCCCAAUUACCUGAACCCAAACAGUGGACAGUGGGGCCAACAUCACGUCUCAGUGGGAGGUUUGGGGGACAGUUUCUAUGAGUACCUGCUGAAGGCCUGGCUCAUGUCAGACAAAAGCGAUGAGGAGGGAAAGAAGCUCUACUACAAUGCCCUGCAGGCAGUUGAGAAGAAUUUGAUCCGGAAGUCAAGCGGAGGGUUGACAUAUAUUGCCGAAUGGAAAGGCGGACUCCUGGAGCACAAGAUGGGUCACCUGACCUGCUUUGCUGGAGGCAUGAUUGCUUUAGGGGCGGACGGAGCCCCUGACGAUAAGACGGGUCACCAGAUGGAACUCGCGGCAGAGAUCGCCCGCACAUGUCACGAGUCUUACGCCCGAACCAGUUUGAAGCUGGGCCCGGAGGCGUUCCGCUUUGAUGGAGGAGUGGAGGCCAUUGCCACACGGCAAAACGAGAAGUACUUCAUCCUGAGGCCAGAAGUCAUCGAGACGUACAUGUACAUGUGGAGGUUCACCCAUGACCCCAAAUACAGACAGUGGGGCUGGGAGGCUGUAGAGGCUCUGGAGAAGCACUGUAGGGUGGAGGGGGGUUACAGUGGGGUGAGGGAUGUUUACGGCAACACACCCAACCACGACGACGUCCAGCAAAGCUUCUACCUGGCUGAAACACUUAAGUACCUGUAUCUACUCUUCUCCGAUGAUGACCAUUUGCCCUUUGAGCACUGGGUGUUCAACACCGAGGCCCAUCCUCUUCCCAUCAUUAAGAAACAGAGCCCAGAGUUAGCCAAUAAUCUCAAGUAAUCCUAAUCCUACCCCAAAACUCCACUGAAAUGUAACUUCCUGGACCUGCUUAAACAGUGGACAAGAGCAUUGGAUUUUGUGGCUUGAGAGAUCCUGUUCUCCAUGACUUUGCUGGAGCUUAUUGUCUCUCUUCACAGCCCUAGGUCACAGAGCAUCCACUCUUGGCUGAUUGUCCUCUGCCGUCUCUACCGAUGGCAUUCUGCAUGCUGCCCCUGUCCUCUCUCUUUGCCCUGAUGCUUUGGACGUUUCUCUGAGCCUCAGAGACCAGAAGGACCAUAUCUCCUCUGUGAGGAGACCAGAUGUUUUCCACUGUAAUGUCCAACUUGCCCUCUCACACACUUUUAAAAAAGCCAUAGGUAAUUCAUGUGCAUCAACUUCCUUUUGUGUUUACAGGAGCAAAGAUACGAGAAAUCCACCUUACUUUGCUGUUUCAUUCAGUUUUUGCAGUCAAUACGUUUCUACGAUUCGUACUGGCCUGAAUUUUUGUUUCUCUGGGGUUUGGUUUGGUUCAGUAUUUUAAGGCUUUAUUCGACAGCAAGGCAGUAAAACCAAGACAAUUAGUGCCUUUUAGUCUUAAUGAUAAAUUUAAUGCAACAUUAGUAAAGUUUUAAUAGCAACGCUCUAAUUUAUUUUUGCUGAGUUCGAGUGCAUUAGCCUACUGUGCUGUCAAAGAGAUGACCUGAACAGUUUUAGCCCUCCCAUCCUCACACUGGAACUGGUGUGAACAUAAGGCUCAAUCCUUAUAUGCCAUUAAUUCAUUCCGCUGCAUUCGUGAGUUUGCUUUUCCAUUAGCUGGCUUUGCAAAAUAGCUGAUUAAAUGUGUACAGAAUGUGUGUAAUUGUUUACUUAAUCAGUGGAGGCAGAGACUUUUUAUCCUGAAUAUGUAAAAUAUAGUAUUGUGUGUUAAUUUAUUUCUUAAGAUUUUUUUUUUUUCCCCGUACUGUGGACAGGAAAUGAUGAAAGCUGGAUCUCACCAUGAAAAAAAUAGGUGAUUUUGACUUAUAUCUCACAAUUGUGACUCAUUUGCAAGAUAUACAUUUGAAAUUGUGAGAUAUAAAGUCCAUAAACCUUGUAAUUGUGAGAAAAUGUUUUCUCACAAUUGCAUUUUUUUCUUUUUCUUUUCUUGCAUUUGCAACUUUACCUCCCAAUUUUGACUUUAGUUCUUGCAGUUGCAAGAUUUAAACUCACACUGGGGACUAUUUAUAGCAGUUGCGAGUUUUUUCACGCAAUUGUGACAUAUCAUAAUUGAGCAUUUUUAUCUUGGAAUUGCGACUUCAUUUCUCAUAAUUAUUAGAUAUAAACUCACAAUUUAGUUUUUAGCAAUUCUAGCAAUUGUGACUUUAUUUCUUGCAUUUGGGACUAUAUUUCCAAAUGGAAACUAAACUAAAUUGCAUGAUAUAUAUAUAUACUAGAUAGUGAGUUUAUACCUAGUAAUUGCGAGAGAUAGUCUCAGUUGUGAGAAACUCAAAAUUGCGACUAUUUUUAACAAUGGCAAGUUUAUAUCAUGCAAUUGUGCCUGCAAUAUCACAAUUGCGAGUUUAUAUCACACAAUUGCAAGAAGUCAAUAUUUUCCAAAUUCAGAGAUAUAAAGUCAGAAUUACCUUUUUUUUUACAUUAAAAAAAAUAUAUAUAUUUUUUUUUUUUAUGUGGCGGGACACCAUAGGGGACAGUGAAGACAUUGCUUAGAUCUUUAUAAUUCAUUGGGAAAGUGUUAGUAAGACAUGGGCAGCAUCAGUCAAAAGGGGAGUGAAUAUUUGUAUGAAUGUACCACCAAAUGUGAAUUUAACAGACUUUGGCCUAGUUGUUGUGAUUUCAUGAUUUUAUCUGUUUGUUUGUUUGUUUCUUUUAACGUGAAAGCACAAAAUUAUGAAUCAGUAUUUUCGGGUUCUUCGUGAAGAAAAGAAUAGGAAUAUUAGUGUAGGAUAGAAUGACAGCACAAGUGCGGAAUCUCAAAUGAGGAAAAGAUGCAAGGAAAACCUAUGAAUGCAAAGCAGUCCUCUGCAUUGGAUAGAACACACACACACACACACACAUACAGUUGAAAUCAGAAGUUUACAUGCACUUAGGUUGUAUGUCAUAAAAACUCUUUUUUUUUUUUUUAACCACUCAACAGAUUUCAUAUUAGCAAACUAUAGUUUUGGCAAGUCGUUAAGGACAUCUACUUUGUGUAUGACACAAGUAAUUUUUCCAACAGUUGUUUACAGACAGAUUGUUUCACUUUUAAUUGACUAUAUCACAAUUCCAGUGGGUCAGAAAUUUAUAUACACUAAGUUAACUGUUCCUUUAAGCAGCUUGGAAAAUUCCAGAAAAUUAUGUCAAGCUUUUAGACAAUUAGCCAAUUAGCUUCUUAUAGGAGGUGUACUGAAUUGGAGGUGUACUUCUGGAUGUAUUUUAAGGCCUUCCUUCAAAUUCAGCGCCUCUUCGCUUGACAUCAUGGGAAAAUCAAAAGAAAUCAGCCAAGACCUCAGAAAAAAAUAGUGGACAUCCACAAGUCUGGUUCAUCCUUUGGAGCAAUUUCUAAAUGCCUGAAGGACCUUGUGAAGAUGCUGGAGGAAACAGGUAGACAAGUAUCUAUAUCCACAGUAAAACAAGUCCUAUAUCGACAUAACCUGAAAAGUUGCUAAGCAAGGAAGAAGCCACUGCUCCAAAAACACUAUAAAAAAGACAAACUACAGUUUGCAAGUGCACAUGGGGACAAAGAUCUUACUUUUUGGAGAAAUGUCCUCUGGUCUGAUGAAACAAAAUGGUCAUAAUGACCAUCGUUAUGUUUGGAGGAAAAAUGGUGAGGCUUGCAAGCCGAAGAACACCAUCCCAACCGUGAAGCAUGGGGGUGGCAGCAGCAUGUUGUGGGGGUGCUUUGCUGCAGGAGGGACUGGUACACUUCACAAAAUAGAUGGCAUCAUGAGGAAGGAAAAUUAUGUGGAUAUUUUGAAGAAAUCAGCCAGGAAGUUAAAGCUCGGUCACAAAUGGGUCCUCCAAAUGGACAAUGACCCCAAGCAUACCUCUAGAGUUGUGGCAAAAUGCCUUAAGGAUGACAAAGUUAAGGUAUUGGUGUAGCCAUCACAAAGCCCUGACCCCAAUCCGAUAGAAAAUUUGUGGGCAGAACUGAAAAAGCGUGUGCAAGCAAGGAGGCCUACAAACCUCAGUUAUACCAGUUCUGUCUGGAGGAAUGGGCCAAAAUUCCAGUAACUUAUUGUGAGAAGCUUGUGGAAGGCUACCCAAAAUGUUUGGCCCAAGUUAAACAAUUUAAAGGCAAUGCUACCAAAUACUAACAAAGUGUAUGUAAGCUGCUGGCCCAGUGGGAAUGUGAUGAAAGAAAUAAAAGCUGAAAUAAAUUAUUUUCUCUACUAUUAAUCUGACAUGUCACAUUCUUAAAAUAAAGUAGUGAUCCUAACUGACCUAAGACAGGGAAUGUUUUCUAUGAUUAAAUGUCAGGAAUUGUGAAAAACUGAGUGUAAAUGUAUUUGGCUAAGGUGUAUGUAAACUUCUGACUUCAACUCUAUAUAUAAAUACUGAAUUUAUCAAGCAAGCAAGAAGCUCACACAUAAUAAGAUAAGAUGAGAACAUGUCAUGCUUUUGGAACUGAUGUGUUGGUGGGCAUCUGUAUACAUACACUACAUCUAAUAUAAAUUAAAUGACUGUAUUCCAAUUCAUGGAGGAACAGACCAAUUCGUAUUCCACUUAUGUUUUCAACCUCAAACGGAAGGUUUCAAUGGAAGAUAUGUUUAUUCUGUUGCUUCCGUGUGAUUGGUCGGUUGCAGAGGUGGGGUUGCUGCUACUGUAUGCCACACUCUGUCUUUCAUUCCAAUGUUUAGGCAGUGUUCCCAAAACUAGACCCACAUAUAUUCACUUCUGGUUAAAAAGAACCAACCUGCUUCACUAAUACGCCAUGGUUCUUUAACCAGCUUUUUAAUCCAGUGGCAAUCCCUGUUGAAGGGAUAGUUCACCCCAAAAAUAUUACUACUACUAAAACUACUACUGCUUUUCUCAUCAUUUACCUACCGUCAUUUCAUUCCAAACCUGUAUGACUUUCUUUCUUAUGCGGAACUGAAAAGGAGCAUUUUUAAUGAUGAUCCCAAUCCUUAUUCUCAAAACAAUUUCAGUUGAAAGUGAUUCACUUUAAAGCUUUUAAAGGACCCAGUGUAUCAUAAAAGUAGUCCUUGCAGCUUGUGUGUCAUAUUCCAAGUCUUCUGAAGGUUACAGUAUGAUAGGUUUUGAUGAGAACCCAAAUUUAAAGCCUUUUUAGUGAACAGCUUGACAUCUAUUGGGUGUUCAUGAGCAUAAUAAGAGAAACUCAUUCACUGCGGCUUGUAACGGACGGUAAGUUUUUACUGAAAAAUUACUCACCUAAACCUAUCACUUGCCUUCAGAAGAUUUGGAAUAAGAUGUUUUUGGACUACAUUUAUGAUUUGCCGGGACCUGUUUUGAGCUUUAUAGUGAAUCAUUAUCAACUGCCAU